AGAGCGCAAACAUGGAGCGAGCCUUUUAUAAGCGUGAACUUUCAGCAGAAUAAACAGUCUAAACUAGGCUAUAGCCUACAUUGACUUCUAAUACGCGCAAGAGUUGUAGGCCUAAUUAGAAAGUUGUAACAACUGAGUUUUAAAAAUGAGGGACCUAAUAGUGAUGGUGUUUGUUACUCUAACAUUCUUGAUGAGAGUGGGAGAAGCCAAACAUAAUGCAUACUGCGAGGGGAAUCAUUGUUUUGCUGUUUUCCAGGAUCCAGUCGAUUUUGCAACGGCUCAAAAACAUUGUGAGAGCAAUAAUGGACAAUUAAUGACAGUGCGAUCUUCGGAAUCACAAUACAUAAUUUCGAUUUUAAUCGGUAUUACAGGAGAUUACUGGAUUGGUUUGCGGUUACCGAGUGGACAAUGUCCCGACAGUGCCUCUGAUUUGCGGGGGUACAGAUGGAUAACGGGAGAUAAUUCAACAGACUUUCAAAACUGGGGGGUCAUUGACAAUGUCUGCUCUUCAAAAUGUGUCUCGGUGUCCAAAAUCGACUUGAAUUGGACAGAACAAUCAUGCGACACGGAAAUAGACGGAUACCUUUGUGAGUAUAAUUUCCCAAGUGUCUGCAAACGUAUUGACAUAAAAAGCGAGGAAUCCGUACUAUAUGAGACUACAUUUGGAUUCGAGGGAGAUGACCUACUGGUAUUGCCUAUGGGAAGCACUGCAACGGUCAACCCCUUUGAUUCCAAGUAUAUCUGUCUCUCUGAACAGUGGAUGCAAGCACCAUGGACUUGCGAUGUAUUGAAAGGUGGUUGUGAGGAUGAGUGCUUAUCGAUUAAUCAACAACCUGUAUGCAUCUGCCCACCUGGAAAAAUUCUGCAUGACAAUAAAUUUACAUGUGUUGUUGUGCAAAACGAUCCCUGCCUUCAUUUCGGGUGUGCACACGUUUGCUACCAGAAAAAUGACAGCUCCAUCGCCUGCAUGUGUCACCAUGGGUACGCACUGGCAGAAGAUGGGAAGAAGUGCAAAGAUAUUGAUGAUUGUUUCGAUGAUAGUCAGUGCCCGGGACAGAACUAUGAGUGUGUCAACAAUAUUGGUGGAUUUAAAUGCAGAUGCCAAAAUGGAUUCAAAAUGAUGAAUGACGUAUGUAUUGACGACGAUGAGUGCUACAUGGAUGGACCAUGCGAGCAUAUUUGCGAAAAUACAUUGGGCAGUUAUAAUUGCUCCUGUUUUGAAGGAUAUAUUGCAACGAGAAAAGACCCUAACAAAUGUCAACGUCAUUGUCCUUUCGAAGAGUGUCUUGCAGAAUGUGACCCAAAUGAUCCACAUCAAUGCAACUGUCCCGAGGGUUACCUGAUCGAUGUAAGAAAUGAAAUUAGAUUUUGCAUGGACAUUAAUGAAUGUGAUAAUGGUUACUGCGAACAUAAUUGCACAAAUACGUAUGGAGGUCAUAUGUGUUCUUGCUAUGAGGAAUUCGACUUGGUUGACGGAUGGAAAUGUGUUGAGAGAGAACUGUCGGAGGGUUCAGGCUUUACGACACCAUCUGAUUUUAUUACACCAAGUGUCAAAUAUCCAACUCAGCGCCCCUCAACUGUGACAGCAGGUGGUCUAAUUGGAAUAAUAGUGUGUAUUGUCAUUGUCGUUUUGGUGAUGAUAUUUUUACUCCAGCAUAUUCUUAAACGUCGCAACAAAUUGGAAGGUCCAAGUGCGCCCAAAACCCAAGGCGACGAUGGACACGAUUUGGAGCAAGUAAGGACGGAAAAGUACCCAAAACCAUCUAUGGACAGGAAUUUCAAACAAAACACUUAGAUUAUGGUAUUAUGUGUGUCAUUUUCAUUGCCAUAUAGGCAGUUCACACUCAACUAUUGGCAAUCAAUUGUUUUUUAAUUUCAUUAUACGGUAUCCAGAGUGCAGGCCAUGGCAUAUACAUGUAAAUAUCUCAUCAUCACAUCCUCACCUUGUCACACAGCAAAUGACAUAUCAGCCAACAGCCAAUAAGAAGGUAUCUUUCAAAACAAUGUGUGUAAAGAAAAAAAACAUAGCAUUUUUAUUUUCAUUAUGUGCAAAUUUUCCUUUAGCUCACUACAAGUCCCAAUCCUUUCUAAAGUGUGACCCCUUGUGGACUAUUAAAGAGACUGCUAUUUAAUUAUGCUUAUUUAAUCUUAUCGAAUAAUAGUCUGCUUUAUUUCAUGAAUUCAAUGUAUUCUCUCUAUAACCUAUUCCAGAUUUUUUUAGUGUGCAGGAUUAAGAUUUUGUCACAAUUGCAAUUCGGAUCAUUUGCUCUCCUGCUCUCAAAUACAUUGCUAUUACAAACCUUCUUUCUUUUUUAGUUAGGAAUAAUGUUAUUUUGUUCUGAGAGUCUAAUAUGAUUGAAAUAACAAGACUUUACCAUUUUGGACUGUAAUUGGAAUAAUAAUUGGCAUGUAGGCCUAAAUUGUAACGUUUUAAGCCGAAUGCCUGAUGAUCUGAUAGGGUGAUAGGUUGAUCUCAGAGGGAUUCAUCCAAUUUCACCCCUGAUUGUAUUUGGCCUACAGUAGCGCAGCCGCAGGCUAUUGGACUAUGGACUAGCCUACUAGACUAUAUGGAGUAGACUAUUGCGGCAGAAGGAAAAUUCCCCUGAUUAUACACAUUUAAUUAGCAUAAUGUGUAAUAACAAUGUAAUCUUGCAAACAACUUGAUACAGCUCUUUCCAUGAGAUACAGGAGGACAGGUUUAAUGUAAGAAUUUACUUUUCGUAGCAGGUUAGAAUUUACGCAGUAGGUUAUGAGAAUUAAUGUAGCAAGUUAUGAAAAUUAGGUUAAGGGUUAGAAAAAGGGUUAGGGUUAGAGUUAGCUAAAAUGCUAACAAAAUCUACUUUUGACAGUGGCGAGACAGGCAGAACAGGGCUGAAAGGGACGGUUACCUACGGAUCCGCAGACUCUGUCUUUCAAGAUGACGGGUUGAAUCUGUAAAACCACUGGACUAUAAAAACAACUUAAAGUCCGUAGAAGUAAGAUUACCUGAUAUACUUCAUUCUCAAACAUAGUUGGAUUCGAAAGAGUCAGUAGGUUUCCAAUAGAGUCUAACUGCAGACAUAAUCUCUCAAGCCCAUCUCUCAGGGCCUUCUCUAUACUGCCACGUACUGGUGGGACAUGUUUAGAAAUCAUGUCUUUCAGGCCCAUCAUCUCUCAGAGGCAUAGCCGCAGAAAGUACAGGUGCUGGAGGUGUGCAGAUGGUAAAACUGCAAGAAUUUGUGUUGCAAUAAAAAACUAUUAAACAA